GAUCCCCAAGACCUCCCAGGUCGCGCGCGCGAUGCCGGACACGGUCUUCAGCAAGGGCUGCCAGUCGCUGUGGGGCCGCAAGACCAACGCGUUCCACUUCGCGGACGACUUGUGGACGCCGAGUGCGCAUGGACCGGUGCCGGAGGCGAGGAUUACGGAGAUUGUGGAACCCAGCGAGGCGCUGCCGGUGCUGAAUGGGAGGGUGGACCCGAAUGCGGUGAUCAGGGAGGAGGUGGAGGCCGGCCGGCUGUCGUUCGUGAACCCCGAGGACGAGCAGGUUCCUCCCAGCGCGGACGCGUUUGACGGCGGAGGUGGUGGGUGGGGCGCCCCGGGCGGCGACACGAGCGGUGGCUGGGGCGAGGGCGAGGGCGCGAGCGGCUGGGGCGGCGCCGGCGCGUGGGACGACGAGGACGUGCCGAUGGCCGACAUCCCCCUCGCGCCCCCCGCGCACGAGGCCCUCCUCGCCCUCCCCGGCCUCGCCCCCCUCCGCACCACGCACACGUGGGGCAUCGUCGAGCACUCCAUGCGCCGCGUCAAGGGCGUCUUCGCGCCCUCCCCUCCCCAAGCCGGCCAGCCCGACGUCGAGCCCGCGCGCGCGGUGGAGAACGCGCUCGGCGGGAUUUUCGCGCGCGUCGUGCUCGAGCCGUGGCCCGACUUUCACGAGGGGGUGGAUCUGGAGCUGAAUCGGCCGAGUAUAUUGGAGGCGUCGAGGGGGCCGGUGGUGGAGGAGGGCGGGGAUGGGAAGGGGCACGAUCCACUGAAGAAGGAGAUUUCGGUGCUGGUGGAUGUGGAUAUGAAGGAUAAGAUCGAGGUGGGGAUGGGGGUGGCGGGGACGUGGGUGCAGGUGGUGCGCGAUGUGAAGGAGGGGACGGAGCCGCAGGAGACGGGCGGGAAGAAAAAGAAAACGAAGAAGGCUGACUACUGGUAUAUGGACGACCUGGUCAUGACCAUCCCCAGCUUCUACACUGGCUAACCGCUCGCUGG